AUGCAGCUCUCCCACCUCUGGCAGCUUGCCCUACUAGGCCUUGCCGGCCUCUCAGCCGCCCACCCCGGCGCUCAUGAAGAGAGCUCUAUGACUCCAGCGGCAAAGAAGACUUUCCUGUACAACGCUAAGCGCAGCUUGGGCCAAUGCGCUGACCGUCUCGAGCGUCGAGGCGUUAAGGCCCGCGCUGCUGCCCGCCGCGCCGCCAUCUCCGAGACCUACCGCAAGCGGUCUCUCCUUGUCCGUGACACGGACCGUGUCGUCAACACCUCUCACCACUCCCCUCUUCAGGUGACCUCCAACACCCCCGAGACGGAGCUCUUCGCCCAAAACCCUGUCUGCAUCCUCUCCCCCGAGGGUGAGAUCGGACCCUUCUGGGUGAAGGGCGAGCUCGUCCGCUCCGACAUCCGCGACGGCGAAGCAGGUAUCCCACUCAUCAUGGAUGGUCAGUUCGUGGACAUCGAAACCUGUGAGCCCAUCCAGAACUUGUACUGGGAUGUGUGGAGCUGCAACUCCACCGGCCAGUACUCCGGUGUGCAGAGCGAUAUGAACGGCAACGGCAACGACGCUUCGAACCUCGACAAGACUUUCCUCCGCGGUAUCCAGCAGACCGAUUCCGAUGGUGUUGCGCAGUUCAAGUCCAUCUUCCCUGGUCACUACUCCGGUCGCGCGACGCACGUGCACGUCGUUGCGCAUGUGGGCUCUCACACGCUUAAGAAUAACACCAUUGCUGGUGGUCAUGUGUCGCAUAUUGGGCAGUUGUUCUUCGAUCAGGAUCUGAUUUCCAAGGUCGAGGCUACGUAUCCGUACAACACGAACACUGUUGAGAUUACGCAGAACGCGGAGGACCAUGUUGUGCAGGAUGAGACGGAGGAUAGUAACUCGGAUCCAGUCUUUGAGUAUGCGCUGCUUGGUGAUAAGCUUCAGGAUGGUAUUUUUGCUUGGAUUACUAUGGGUAUUAACGUUUCGGCUACUUAUGACACUAGCAAUGCGGCUACGCUGACUUCUUCGGGCGGUGUUAUGAACGAUGACUCCAGCCCUGGGGAGGCGGUUGACAUGUAA